AUGCGUAAUUCUGGAGACGCCGAGAGGAGCCGAGAGGAGACGAGAGGAGCCGAGUGGAGAGGAGAGGAGACGAGAGGAGACGAGAGGAGCCGAGUGGAGACGAGAGGAGACGAGAGGAGACGAGAGGAGCCGAGAGGAGCAGGGAGGAGACGAGAGGAGACGAGAGGAGCCGAGAGGAGCCGAGAGGAGACGAGAGGAGACGAGAGGAGACGAGAGGAGCCGAGAGGAGACGAGUGGAGCCGAGAGGAGACGAGAGGAGACGAGAGGAGACGAGAGGAGCCGAGAGGAGCCGAGAGGAGACGAGAGGAGACGAGAGGAGACGAGAGGAGACGAGAGGAGACGAGAGGAGACGAGAGGAGCCGAGAGGAGACGAGUGGAGCCGAGAGGAGACGAGAGGAGACGAGAGGAGACGAGAGGAGCCGAGAGGAGCCGAGAGGAGACGAGAGGAGACGAGAGGAGACGAGAGGAGACGAGAGGAGACGAGAGGAGACGAGUGGAGCCGAGAGGAGACGAGAGGAGCCGAGAGGAGCCGAGAGGAGACGAGAGGAGACGAGAGGAGACGAGAGGAGACGAGAGGAGACGAGAGGAGACGAGAGGAGACGAGAGGAGACGAGAGGAGACGAGAGGAGACGAGAGGAGACGAGAGGAGACGAGAGGAGACGAGAGACGAGAGGAGACGAGAGGAGACGAGAGGACCGAGAGGAGACGAGAGGAGACGAGAGGAGACGAGAGACACCUCUGGAACGCUCUCCUCCCUCACCUCUGGAACUCUCUCCUCCCUCACCUCUGGAACUCUCCUCCCUCCCCCCUCACCUCUGGAACUCUCUCCUCCCUCACCUCUGGAACUCUCUCCCCCCUCACCUCUUGAACUCUCUCCUCCCUCACCUCUGGAACUCUCUCCUCCCUCACCUCCGGAACUCUCUCCUCCCUCACCUCUGGAACACUCUCCUUCCUCACCUCUGGAACUCUCUCCUCCCUCACCUCCGGAACUCUCUCCUUCCUCACCUCUGGAACUCUCUCCUCCCUCACCUCUGGAACUCUCUCCUCCCUCACCUCUGGAACUCUCUCCCCCCUCACCACUGGAACUCUCUCCUCCCUCACCUCCCUCACCUCUGGAACUCUCUCCUCCCUCACCUCUGGAACUCUCUCCUCCCUCACCUCUGGAACUCUCUCCUCCCUCACCUCUGGAACUCUCCCCCCCCCUCACCUCUGGAACUCUCUCCUCCCUCACCUCUGGAACUCUCUCCCCCCUCACCUCUGGAACUCUCUCCUCCCUCACCUCCCUCACCUCUGGAACUCUCUCCUCCCUCACCUCUGGAACUCUCUCCUCUCUCACCUCUGGAACUCUCUCCUCCCUCACCUCUGGAACUCUCCCCCCCCCCUCACCUCUGGAACUCUCUCCUCCCUCACCUCUGGAACUCUCUCCCCCCUCACCUCUGGAACUCUCUCCUCCCUCACCUCCCUCACCUCUGGAACUCUCUCCUCCCUCACCUCUCGAACUCUCUCCUCUCUCACCUCUGGAACUCUCUCCUCCCUCACCUCUGGAACUCUCUCCUCUCUCACCUCUGGAACUCUCUCCUCCCUCACCUCUGGAACUCUCCCCCCCCCCUCACCUCUGGAACUCGGACUCACUAA